GUCGAUGGAGAAAUCACCUCCAGCAUCACUUACGGCAUGUUAUAUAUAUUUUUAUUGGAUCUAGGGUAUGCAUCGCAUUGGGCGGCAGCGGCAGCGGCAGCGGCAGCGGUAACGGCGAAGGCGAAGGCGCGCGCAUGCAUACUCACCUAGAUAUACUGCUUUACACGGUAUCGGCGCUGUACAUAUCAUAUCCUUUUUGCUUUGUCUGUUCUUCUCGGGCCACGAGCAUUGGGGGGUAUAGGUGCAUCGGUCGGCGGCGUAUGAGUGUCUGGUUUUUACAAGUCUGUCAGACUAUUGGUUUUUUUCCCUUUUCUUUUUUUUUUACACUACUACUACUACUACCAUCAUCAUCGUCCUUGCGAGGAACAGCACGCAUAUCGCUAGCGUUGUUUUUCAUUUGUUGUUUUUACUUGUAUCAACGAACUAUAUACCUUAGGUGCCUAUUAGGGACCCGGCUAUGGGCGGAAUCAGAUUAGCUCUAUGAUGCCGUGAAUUUGUCAAAUAUACAUAUUUUGAUAUAUUCUACUAGUUACUUGACAUUGUCGACGUGAAAAUAAUUGACUUGGAUUGUGAAGAAUGAUCUUUUUCGUAUCGUAGCUAGAGAAUACAUAGCUCAUCUUUAGAAGUGCAUGUCCU